AUGGCGUCGCAGCUGGAAGGGGCCAUGGAGACGCUCAUCAACGUCUUCCACCACUACUCGGGCAAAGAGGGGGACAAGUACAAGCUGAGCAAGAAGGAGCUGAAGGAGCUGCUGCAGAGUGAGCUGGGCUGCUUCCUGGAG